ACUCGAGACAAAUGGACGGAAAUUUCCACCUUACUAGUGCUGCCCUUUUCUCCUCUACUUGGCUCCUAGCGGUCAUUUAGUCAAACUAACCAGACUUCAAAAUCCGACAAUCCAUGAAAACCUAACCCCCAAAAGCAGCCCAUCUUAGACCGGCGCGAAUCCAGGUCCAGCCAGCCCAUCGCUCAUUCAUCAAUGGAUCCAGUCGGUCCACCCGUACCCAUGUGGGGCGAGCUACCUGAGCGGACGCCGGUCCGGCCAACACCCGCGCCCCAACCUGCCCUCAGACCGGUGGUCACGGCCCCGGGUUCGGACCCCAAGCCGAGUGGUCGCCCGGCCCAAGCCACGGAAAGGGCGUCGAACCGGACGGUUGAUCCGGCCUCCGGCCCGUUAGACCCGGCCCGCCCCAACCGGAAUCGUCGCUAUCGCUGGAUGCAAAGCCAGUUGGCGCAAGCCGACGCGUAUUUCUCGACCCAGGCCAUGCGGCAACGUCAUCCGGGGCUCUGGGCCCAAAUCUGCGGCCCGGAUCUGAGCUGGCCUCCACCGCCCCCAGAUGGGACCGACGGUCGGUGGUCGAGCCUGAUCCUGGACCAAUGGGAUCGGAACCAAGCUCGGGAUUCAGCCCAGGCCCACACGGUGGAGGAAUUCGAUUCCGAGGACGAGGAUGGGCUGGACCACCCGCCCACUGAUCCGGCAGCUCGGACCCGUUUGACGGCCGAGUUCCGCCAACUCGUGUGCCAACAGUUUUUAAACGGAGGCGAGCCGGAUUUUGAUUACGCUCGUGUGGACCACGAUCCCACCUGGGACGAUUGGGACCAAUUGGACCGGGACGCUCAAGAGGCGUAUUUUGACGCGGAUUAGCUGGGACAGAAUGGCUGGGCAUUUUUAAAUAUAUUUUUAUUCCUUCA